GAACCCAUUAUAAAUAUUUAUGCCGAAUUGAGUUGACUACCAGUCCCCUUUUCUAUAUAAACCCCUCUAACUAACCUAUUACAGCAUCAAACGCGUGCUAUUUCUUUUGGUUUUCGCAAUUUCAUUUCAAUUUCUAGUCUCCUAUCUUCUAAUCCAGUAAAAUAUGAGCAACCAAACUGGAACCGAGUACUCAGUUAAAAAGAAGCCAACUCCAAAGUUGAAUGAGAGGAUCCUCUCGUCUUUGUCACGGAGAUCAGUUGCUGCUCACCCCUGGCAUGAUCUUGAGAUUGGACCUGGAGCACCAGAAAUUAUUAAUGUUGUGAUUGAGAUUCCAAAAGGAAGUAAAGUGAAAUAUGAGCUUGACAAGAAAACUGGUCUCAUCAAGGUUGAUCGUAUAUUGUAUUCAUCGGUAGUCUAUCCUCAUAAUUACGGUUUCAUUCCUCGAACUCUAUGUGAAGACAAUGACCCUAUGGAUGUCUUAGUCAUUAUGCAGGAACCUGUAGUUCCUGGUUGUUUCCUGCGAGCCCGGGCCAUAGGCCUUAUGCCUAUGAUUGAUCAGGGAGAGAAAGAUGAUAAGAUCAUUGCAGUAUGUGCUGACGACCCUGAGUAUCGCCACUACACCGACAUCAGCCAGCUCCCACCUCACCGUCUUGCUGAAAUCAGACGCUUCUUUGAAGACUAUAAGAAGAAUGAGAACAAGGAGGUAGCAGUUGAUGAGUUUUUGCCUUCAGAUACUGCUGUAGAAGCCAUCCAGCACUCCAUGGACCUCUACGCCGAAUACAUCAUGCAAACCUUGAGGAACUGAAUGAAUUCAAAAGAGAGAUACACAACUUUUUUAUUGUUGUAGUUUUGUGGUGUUGUGUUGUUUUUUUGGGUGAUUAUAUUUGUUACACUCCAAGGGAACUGUAGCUUAGCUCAACCACCAGUUUAUUUUCAUGCUUUGUUCCUUAAAACAAAUAAGUUGUGUAAUUCUCAUCGCGUAUUUUACUAUUCUCUUUAUAAAAUACUCAUUUGAACACCA